AUGUAUGUACCAAUAAGGGAAGGUUCUGGAAGACCCAAAAGAACCACUGUGAGACAAGCCAGAACUUUUCCAACAGCAUUAUUUAUGCUGUUGGAACUGUUCUGGCUUGUCUCACAUGUGAUGAUCUUUAUAUUUUUGGAUAUUUUCGAUCUUAUGUACAAAUUGUAUAGUCUUAACAUCCAGAUGUUAAAUUUGAAUUGGCAUUCCAUUUUAGUAUUCUACAAGAAGAAAUAUAGUAUGCAAGUUGAUUUAAAUGUGAUAAACACAACACGAAUUAAAAGGAAGAAAUCGUGGGCAAAAGUAACAUGGAUAGGAAAGGAAAAAGAAGAAGUUAUACUUUUAGAUAAAAAACGAAUAAGCAUCUUGCAGUUGUCUUCUGGAAAUACUAAGCGGAAAUUAUCUCAACUCCCAUUUAUAAAUGAAUUAAUAUUAACAACAAUUUCUUUAAAUGGUAUCUAUUUGGCAGGUUUAAUAAAUAAUGGAAAUAUUUUUCUUUGGCAUAAAGAUUCAGAUAAAAUAUAUUUUAUUGAAAUUGCACAAGAUAUAAAUUUGCCUUUACCAAAUAAAGUGCCUUUACACUUCUUUGUUUCAUCUGAUGGAAAUAAUAUAAUUAUUAUAUAUGGAUAUUCAAAUAUAUAUUUUUGGCAGAAAAGUAUCAAUCAUUCUCCAGAAGUUAAAGAUAAAAAAUGCUAUCUUAUUGGUUCUUGGUAUUUCAUUGAAAAGUGCCAAUCUAUCAUAUUACCAAAAACAGAGUAUCGAGAAGCAUCCAUUGAUUCAGUAUUUUUAUAUGAUCAUUUUAUUAAAAAAGACAGUUUAAUCAAUUUUAUAUUUAAUUUAGAAAAUCAUAUCUGUAUUUCUACAUGCUUUGUACAGAAACUAUUUUCUGAAUCAAUUCAUCAAUGUUUUUGUUUAGAUGCCAAAUGGAUUAAUACAAAAAUUCCUAUAAAAAAUAUAAAUAAUUCAUGUGAAACAUUACGUCAGAGAGGAAGCUACAUAUCAAAAUUCUCUCGUGAUGGAAGAGUUAUAGCUAUUGCUGUAAAUCAGCUUCAAACACAUUGUACAUACUUAUUAUUUUUCUCACCAUUUUCUCAAAGUACAGUUUGUGUAGAUUUGCAAGGAUGUGGAGCAUCACAUCCCAUCAGAAAUUCAAGGAAUCAUUGGAUUUCUGAUAUGGUAUGGACUGCUGAUGAUGCAUUUGUAAUAUGUUGUACAAGAGAGGGUGCAAUCUGUGUUGUUUCAAGGCUUGGUGGUUUGCUUCUACUUACUGCUAAGGGUGAUUCUAUAAAUCAGGGCCCUUCUUAUUAUCUUUCUCUUAUUCCGUCUGUUGUUGUAUCCUCACAAAGAAAUAUAGAAUCAAACAAUGAAGAUAAUUCUUUAACAUCUACCUCAACUGAACAGUGUUUAAAACAGAAAUUUUCUGUAUCAUGUCAUAAUUGUCUUCCAUUAUUUUUUGCAUCUGAUGGUCAUGCAGUUAUAUGCCUUCAAGUUCCAAGCUAUUCUGUUGGUAUCUUUAAUAUUAUCCAGUCAUAUUUAUUGCAUGGUUGUAAAAUGAUUUGUCCAAUUUUUGAAGUGUAUGAUUCAGAACUAUUAGACUUUAAGAAAGACUUUUUUCAGAUGCCAUCUAAUAAAUCAUACUCUAAUUCCAUAAAGAAAAAUUCAUGUGAAAGUGUUCAAAUAAAAUCAUCAUCGAAUCAACUUGAAACAAAAAGUUCACAGUUUGAUAAUGUUCUAAAUGAUACAAGUGAUUUAAAAAAAUACUUAACUAAAUCAUCAUCACCUUUAAAGAGAACUAAUAUUUUGAAUGCUACUUCUGUUGAUUGGGAAGAAAAAAAGCUAAUUGAAGCAAUAAACUCAUUUUUAUCAGUCUGGAGUUUAUGUUCAUCUACAAGUUGUAUAUGGACUAAAGAAUUGGAAUUAUUAUGUUCUUUUGCAGUGGAUGGAUUUUUAAGGACUAUAAAAUUUAUUUUAAUUCACACAUUAAAUGAAUCCUCUGCCAAGAUUCAAAAUGAAAUUUUCCUGAAAAUUAUUGAAUCAAGUAUACCAAAGUUUUUCAGUGUUAUAUAUUUUGAUAUCAAUAUAAAUCUCUUAUCAACUUUUUUAAAACUCAUAUACAAAUUAGUAAAAAUGUUUCUCACAGAUUUUAAAGUUACCUUAUUACAUAUUAAGUUUUUACAUAUUUCAUUGAAGUUGCUAAUUAAUGCUGAGAGAAUAUUUAAAGAAAUGUGUUCCUUUCAUUUAAGUUUAUCUAGAUGUUGGCUCCAUUACAAUAGAAUAUGGUCAAAUAGUUCCUAUGUUUCUAAUGCUUAUUUAAUCAAGAAAAGUAUUACUGAUAGAAAUAAUUUGAAAAUUGAAUUAGCCAUAAAUCAAAGAUUAUUUCAUAUAUGGAAUUUUCUUUAUCAGAAAGUGGUUGAAUGCUAUAAUGAAGUUAUGAAUUCUCAAAAUGCUGUUUGUAUUCAAAAUGAAGUUAUUUCUUUACUUUGUACAGUUCAGUGGUUGAUGCAAGAACAUAGUUAUACAUUGUUUCAGUCACCAGCAUAUAAGAAGAAUAGAAUAAUGUCUCUAUACUUAAAUGGAAAUUACGAAAAAGCAAUGGAGCUCUGGUUGAGAGAAUUGUAUAACUGCAAAAAUGAAUUAAAAGACAAUCUCAGCAAAAAAAAGUUAUCUCUCAAUGGUCAUAGAGUUAUUUAUUGCAUGAUAUUACAUGGAAGACUAGGGAAGUCUAUAGAAUUCAUUUGUAAAUUGCUUUCAUACAAAGGGCUAAUUAAUCAGUCUGAUAUGCCAGAAGAUAAUAUAGAUCAACAUGAAAUUACAAAUGGAUUUGAUGGUAUAAAAAAUGUUGCUGUUCGAAAGGUGAUAAAGUCAUUUGCUCGAAUCAUAGCUGCUUACUUCUCAGAGAAAGAAAUCUAUCUUCCUUAUUUGUGUACUAUAAAAAGCAUUCCUUCACUUUUAGAAGUUGAAGAGAAAGGUGGUAAUUAUCAUAUCAUUAAUCAAGUUGAUAUCACAAAUCAAAUUUCAAACCAGAGACUUUUUAACAUUUUAACACCAAGUGCUAUAUUAGAAUUGUUAUUAAUUGUUGGAUUAUGGAAUGAAACAAUUUGGUUUCUCUUGCAAUUAGGAGAUUGGAGAAUUGCUUAUUGUUUUGCUCAUUUAUACAGAUAUCUUCCUGAAAGUUACAAAUCAAAACAUCCUCUCCAGUAUGAUUUUUUACCUGAUGUUAUUUUGAUCACAAAAUUGAAAAAAAUUUUGCAUAUCAAAAAUACAUAUAAAUGUGAAGAAAUAGAAAAUUUUAAAGGUAUGUUAAGUAUCUUUGAUAUUGUUUCAAAAUAA